CUGUAGGGGGCGCCUAUACAAGCUCCGCCCAACUCACGACAUGGCGACGUUGUAAAUAACGAGUUUGGUCUUAUUUUUUGGUUGAAAUACGUUUAUUUUAACACGGGUUUGUGUUUCUGUUUUUUAUUUUACGCGCACAAUAGUGUGUGUGUGUGUGUGUGUGUGUGUGAACGCCGUUUGAAUUGUACAUCACGGUCGAGGUCCGUAUUCGGCGGCUAGCUCCACUGAGGUAACUUAUCGAGUUGACGGUUUCGGCGCACGCAGUAAUGUAAAUGAGUACUAAUUGUUUAUCUAAGAAAGCAACACUUAAGGUGUUUACAUAAAAACAAUAGACGGUUUAAAAACAGCAACGCGGUAAACGAUGCCAGAGCUUAGUGGCAAAUAUUCGGAGGGCGGCAGUCCGAGGAAGCGCCGCCGGAGCCGCUCGAGCAGCGGAAGUGCACGGAGUCGCUCGCGGGAGCGAGACUCGAGUCCUGCGGCUGAUAAGCACAGACACAACGGGACAGAUGAGCGGAAGUCGAAAUGGUCCGAUGGCAAAGAGAAGAGUCGGAACCGCUUCCGGGUUGGCGGCUCGCGGGAACGCGAGAAGUUAUCCUGGGCUGAUGAACGGGACCGAGGGCACUAUGCUAGUUCACGAGACGAUUAUUAUGACAAGAGAGACGAUAUCCAAAGGCAAAGACAAGAAGCCUUCAUUGCUAGGCGUUUGCAAGAGCGUGAGCGAAUCGGUGAGCUGGGAUGUCCUGAGGUCUGGGGCUAUUCACCACGAGUUAGAGACCCUGAUUCAGAUGAACACACACCGGUUGAAGAGGAUAUAAAGAACAACAGCUCUGGGACAAGUUCAGAAGAGGAAAAGAAGAAAAAGAAACGAAAAUCCAAAAAAAAGAAAUCUCGUAAGCAUUCAGAGGACACAGAAUCAGAAAGUGAAUCAGAAGAAGUCAAGAAAAAGAAGAAAAAGAAGAAAAGUAAAAAGAAGAAAUCGAAGAAGAAGAAGAAGGCUAAAAAGAGCCGCAAAGAGUCAAGCAGUUCCAGCAGUGAUCAGUCCGCUGAGGAAGAUGAUGAUCUUGGAGAGCUGUGGGUGGAGAAAACUCGUCUUGAUGAUAAUGUGGUUGGACCAGAAGCUCCUCUAACGCACAUGGCCCUUGACGAUAGACCACUAGAUUUUGGCCAUGCUCUCUUACCGGGUGAAGGUGCUGCCAUGGCGGAGUACGUGAAAGCAGGCAAGCGUAUUCCAAGGAGAGGUGAAAUUGGUCUGACCAGUGAAGAGAUUGCUGACUUUGAGAAAUCUGGCUAUGUUAUGAGUGGAAGCAGACACCGGCGUAUGGAGGCUGUGCGUUUGAGAAAGGAAAACCAGAUCUACAGUGCUGAUGAAAAGAGAGCCCUCGCCUCUUUCAAUCAGGAAGAACGAAGAAAAAGGGAAAGUAAAAUUCUUUCCAGUUUCAGGGAAAUGGUGUACAGAAAGACUAAAGGAAAAGAAGAGAAGUAGAAUAAAUGCAAGACUAAGAUGUCAGCCCCGGGCUUCUAUGUAUUAUAAGACUAGGAAUAGUGGUUGCUUAUGUCUUGUGUUAGUUCAUGCUGUACAUAAUUUACUGAAAAAUUCAUUUAGUGCAUAUAGUUUGCUGUUUUAUCUUUUUUUUCCCCCAAAUAAAAAAAGGUUUGGUUCUAAA